AAGCGUUGACGUUUAGAGUGAAAUCAUGUUCGGUGUUGUUGUCGCUGCUGCUGCUGCUGCUGUUGUCGCGUGUACCGUAGUCGUUGUCAGCGGGCAGGAUUGUAUCCCUGGAGAUAACUGUAAACUGCCGAACUGCCGUUGCUCCAACGACCCAGAUAUUCCAGGGAAGCUGUCCCGGUCGGACACCCCUCAGAUGGUGCUGGUGACGUUCGAGGAGGCUGUCAACGAGGACGACGUGCCGCUGUACGAGUCUAUCUUCAAGCAGGGCAACCCGAAUGGGUGUCCGCCACGUGGCACGUUCUUCGUGAAGCACAAGUCGACGGACUACGAGAUCGUCAGGGCUCUCUUCGAUAAGGGUCACGAGUUCGGGGCGGAGUCCAUCAACGGAAUCGUGCCCACCACCGAGGAGGAGUGGCGGAGGAAUUUGAAGUUCGUCAAGGACGAGCUGAUAAAAGCCGGAUUACCCGCAGAAGACAUCCUCGGGGUGAGAGCGCCCAAUCUCAUGGCUGGGGGUCUGAAAGAGUUCGUUGCCCUGGGGGACAACAAGUUCCUGUACGAUGCGUCGUGCAUCACGUCCACCUUCAUUGAACAAGGCAACACCAAGUGGCCGUACACCUACGACUUCGUUGAUGACGUACCUAAGUGCAACAUCGGCACGACGUUAGACGUGAAAUUCCCAGGAAAAUGGCAGUUUUUGAUACCUGUACUGAACUACAAAAACAGCACGUGCGCCGUGCCCCAGGGCUGUACUACCGUCCUGACCCAGAGGGACGCUUUUGAUAUGUUCUUUGAUAAUUUCUCUAAACACUACGAGGGCACGAGAGCGCCGUUCGUGCUGGUCAUUUCCGCGGACUUCGUCAAAACCGAUUUCAAGUUGGCCGGUCUCACGCAGUUUCUCGAGUACGUCAGAGCAGCUUUUGAGGACACGUGGGUGGUGACGGCUCGCCAAGCCCUGCAGUGGGUUCAAGACCCUACUUCCAAUGCCAACAUCACGGAUUUCGGUCCCUGGAAGUGUUAAUCCUUGUUGUGACGCUAUAUAUAUAUGAGCUUGAACAGACUGUUUUAUUGCAUUCGGGAGAAAGAACAUGAGAUAAAGUGUAGACAUAAAUAUACGAGAGAUUGUCAAGAUUUGAAAAUUAUUAUUUACUCAUAAUAAAAAUCAUGUUAAUUCGUCUACUAAA